GUAGGCGAUAGAGCGCUCUGCUCGGAAGCGGCGUACACUUCACUUGUUUCUCUUAUGUCAAUAAUGGAAGAGGAGGAACUAGAAUUUUCCGAUGAUUUAGAGGCGAUUUUGCACCUUUCUCCCGAGGUGCAGUUGGCUAUCGAGCAGGUUUUCCCCAGCCAGGAUCCUCUGGACAGGGCGGAUUUCAAUGCUGUGGAAUACAUCAACACCCUCUUUCCCACGGAGCAGUCACUGGCCAAUAUUGAUGAUGUGGUGAAUAAGAUUCGUCUGAAAAUACGGCGCUUGGAUGACAACAUCCGGAUGGUGGUGAGGGGGCAGACCAACGUGGGACAAGAUGGCAGGCAGGCACUGGAGGAAGCCCAGAAAGCCAUCCAGCAGCUCUUUGGCAAAAUUAAGGACAUCAAGGAUAAGGCUGAGAAAUCGGAGCAAAUGGUUAAAGAGAUCACUCGUGACAUCAAACAGCUGGAUCAUGCAAAGCGCCACCUCACCACCUCUAUCACCACCCUCAACCACCUGCACAUGCUGGCAGGUGGCGUGGACUCUCUGGAGGCUAUGACACGAAGGCGGCAGUACGGGGAGGUGGCCAACCUGCUGCAAGGUGUGGUCAAUGUGCUGGAGCACUUCCAGAAGUACAUGGGCAUUCCUCAGAUUCGCCAGCUUUCUGAGAGAGUGAAAGCAGCACAGAGUGAGCUUGGAGCUCAGAUACUGGCUGACUUUGAGGAGUCCUUUCCUUCACAGGGGUCAAAGAAACCAGGGGGUCCAAGUAACGUGCUGAGGGAUGCCUGUCUGGUGGCCAAUGUGCUGGACCCCCGUAUUAAGCAGGAGAUCAUCAAGAAAUUCAUCAGGCAACACCUCUCAGAGUAUCUGGUGCUGUUCCAGGAGAACCAAGACGUAGCAUGGCUAGACAAAAUAGAUCGGCGUUAUGCCUGGAUCAAACGGCAGCUAGUGGACUAUGAAGAGAAGUACGGCCGCAUGUUCCCAGGGGAGUGGUUCAUGACGGAACGCAUUGCUGUGGAGUUCUGCCAUAUUACCAGGACGGAGUUAGCCAAGCUGAUGCGGACUCGGGCCAGAGAGAUUGAGGUCAAGUUGUUGCUCUUCGCCAUCCAGAGGACCACCAAUUUCGAAGGGCUGCUAGCCAAGCGAUUCUCUGGCUGCACGCUAAACGACGGGGUGACAAAGAAGGCAGACUCCCCCCUUGACUCCACAAACCCUUUUUUCGAGGAUGAGCAGGGAGAAGAUUCAGUGUCUGAGAAGGAGGAAGAGCUGGACAAGCCAAAGAAACCAAAGGCUCCAGACAACCCAUUCCAUGGCAUUGUGUCCAAGUGCUUUGAGCCACAUCUUUAUGUGUAUAUUGAGUCGCAGGACAAAAACCUUGGGGAACUGAUUGACCGCUUCGUGGCUGACUUUCGUGCUCAGGGACCACCAAAGGCAGGUUCGGAGGAAGGGGGUGCUGUGCUGCCCAGCUGUGCAGACCUCUUCGUUUACUACAAGAAGUGCAUGGUACAGUGCUCGCAGCUCAGCACUGGUGAGCCUAUGAUCGCCCUUACAACUAUCUUCCAGAAAUACCUCCGGGAAUAUGCCUGGAAAAUCCUUUCUGGGAACCUACCCAAGACCACAAGUAGCAGCGGUGGAGGGCUGACAAUCAGCAGUCUUCUGAAGGAGAAGGAGGGCUCAGAGGUAGCCAAGUUCACUGUUGAGGAGCUCUGUCUGGUCUGCAGCAUCCUGAGUACAGCUGAAUACUGCCUGGCUACCACACAGCAGUUGGAGGAAAAGCUGAAGGAAAAGGUUGAUAAAACCUUGGCUGAGAGGAUUAACCUGACUGGAGAAAUGGACACUUUCAGCACCGUGAUUUCCAACAGCAUUCAGCUGCUAGUACAAGACCUGGACAGUGCCUGUGACCCAGCGCUCACUGCCAUGAGCAAGAUGCCAUGGCAGAGCGUGGAGCAUGUUGGGGACCAAAGUCCAUACGUCACCUCCAUCAUCAUGCACAUCAAACAAAAUGUGCCAGUCAUCCGGGACAACCUUGCCUCUACACGCAAGUACUUCACCCAGUUCUGUAUAAAGUUCACAAACUCAUUUAUUCCAAAGUUCAUCAACCACCUGUUCAGGUGCAAGCCCAUCAGCAUGGUGGGAGCUGAGCAGCUUUUAUUGGAUACACACUCCCUCAAGACAGUUCUGCUGGACCUGCCCUCUAUUGGGUCCCAGGUAGUGCGCAAAGCACCGGCAAGCUACACCAAGAUAGUUGUAAAGGGUAUGACACGUGCUGAGAUGAUCCUUAAGGUUGUCAUGGCCCCCCAUGAACCGCCUGUUGUAUUUGUGGACAACUACAUUAAGCUGUUGGCUGAUGGGAACCCAGAGACAUUCCAAAAGAUUCUGGACAUGAAGGCUUUGAAGCGAAGCGAGCAAAGCAGCAUGCUGGAACUUUUCAGACAAAGGUUACCAACACCACCGUCGGGGGCUGAUGGUGGGUCCUCGCUUUCCUUCAGCACCCCAACCCCGGAACAGGAGUCAUCUCGAAUCCGAAAACUGGAAAAGCUCAUCAAAAAGAGACUCUGAAUCCCAAGACAUCUCACCAGACUCCUUUGGCAGCAUUUCUGGUCUUAUUUAAUCAUAGUGAAAUGCAUUACAUUUCUGUUAAAGUACAAACAUAAAAGCCUUGACAAAUUACUUUAUAUUCAUGGUGGACUUUUAUGUAUUUUCUCCAGAGAUAAAUAUACAGGAUUUUCUUCUGUACAACAAUUUAUGUAACUGUAAUUUAUGAAGACAUUUUCUUAGCCACUCUGACCUGCUUUCUUGUGCGAGUCAAGCAUUUUAGCUUUGUAACUGCGGUCAAUCCAGCUAUUGGAGUCAACUUUUAUUUAUUGCACCUUAUAGACAUCCACAAAAUGUUUUGACUUGUGAAAUCAAGGGCAACUCUGUAUGUGAAGGAAUACCUAUUGCUGAGUUGGCAUCAGUCCCACUAAGAAACAUGGAACUAAAAUCAUCAUAUGAAGUAAGUCACAAAUAGUCUACCAGUAGAGCAGUACGAUACAACUGCCUCCCCUAGCACAGCAUCAUAUACCAGUUGGAACCCCAAGGGUGUGAAUGGUCUGUUUUUCUGCUCAACAGUUUGUCUCCAGGUGUUUCUCUGAAGCCUCUAUUUCUGAACUG